GAGCUUGGGGACCCUGGUGCAGAAGCCAGAUGCCUGCUCCUCCUGGCGCAGCUGGCCAACAAGGAGAAGAAUCACGGCCAGGCCAGGAGGCUGAUCGAGAGGGCCCAGCGCCUGGGCGGGGACGAGCAGUUCUGGUACCGUUCCACCCUGGCCCUGGCGGACAGCAUCCUGGCCUCGGAGGAUGGCGGGAGGAAGGUCUGCCACCUGUUUCAGAAGCUCGCGGACACCAUCAACGUUCUCAAGAGAGAAAGGCCCAACCGGAGGCCUCUCCUGGAGUUCAUCGCCACAGACCUGGAAGCCAGGGCUGUGGGCCUUCAGGUCCAGGACGCCCAGGAGUCGGCAGAGCAGGGGCCCCCGCACGUGUCCCUGCUGCGAGAGCUGGACGGCCGCCUGCUGCGUGCACAGGAGCGGUUCCUCAGCUGCGGCUUCCGGGAGAGCGCGGUCGACGUGCAGCUGGAGCGGGCACGCGUGAAGAGGCUGUGUGCGCAGCUGGAGCAGGAGGAGCAGCAGGUGACCGUGCAGCACCUGGCCGCAUACGAGCUGCUGCAAACAGCAGUGGCCGAGGAGGAAGCCACGUUCCACAGUGCCCAGGGCCUGCUGUCCAAUCAGGACCUGCAGAGCGUCAACACGCCCCUGAUGAGGAGGCUGGCCCGCCUCAAGCUGUGCCUGGUGGACGUGUCGCUGGACUUGCUGCAGCUCACCUGGGAGAAGGCCCUGGAGCAGCGGCGGGAGCAGGGCUCCCUGCACGAGCUCCUGGCAGGCUACCUGCAGUGCGGCAGGGACUACACCGCCCUCGACCUGCAAUGGGCCCUGCUGAAGCGGACACUGGCACACACGGCGCUGGCGCACCUGGAGAGCACCCUGCCCCUGUGCGUGGGCUGCGUGGACAUUCGCUCCCAGCUCUUCGGCCUGGCCGGGAGGGCCCUGCACCUGCUGGCCGUGCAGGCGGACCCUGUGCACCCCUCCUCCUACUGGGACGACAGCCUCCAGGUAGGCACGAAGCUGAGCAGCCUCAGAUCUCUGGAGCCGGAAGCAGUGGGCGAGGCGGUCAGGGCGUCCAGCAAGGAGCUGCCGGCCUUCCGGGCAGGCCCCGAGGAGCCCGGCAGGAGAGGCGAGACGCUGAAGAGGAGGAUGGCCCUGGCCCAGCGGCUCCGGGCGCAGGCGUCCGAGCUGCUGCUGCAGUGCCUGCAGGCCGCCCUGGCCAGUGGCCGCCUUGACGUGGCAGCCGCGGCCAGCCUGGAGAUGGUGGAGUGCCUCGGCUCCCUGGACCCCGCCGCCACCUGCCAGUUCCUGGCGCUGUCUCAGAGCUGCCGGGCCUCGGAGACCAUGCGGGGCGUCCUGCUCACGGCCACGGCCAACACCGGCGGCUCCCAGCUGGCAGCCCUGCUCCGGCUGCAGCACCAGCUGAGGCAGGAGGACAGAGCCUCCACCAGCCUGUGCGCCAGCGUGGAGCAGAGGCUGGCGGCCGUCGCCAAGGCCUGGCAAAACCUCUGCGUCACCGAGCAGCAUUUCGGCCUCCUGAGCGAGAUCCCGUCCAUGCUCCGCGUGCUGUUUCUGCACUACUCACGGGACAGGUCCCGACUGUACGGUGCCAUCUACGAGCAACCCAGGGUCCUUCCUGCCCCCAGAGGGAAAGCGGUGCCAGCGGGCGGCCACUGCAAGGUGAUGCGGGCGGCCGUGAGUCCCAGCGCCCUCUCAGACCUCCUGGCCAGCGCCCGGCACCUCCGCCAGCAGAGCCAGGUGCUCGGUGAAGACUCCGCCCUGAGAGUCCCCUUGGACCAGGAGCCUGUGCAGGCGGGAGACGGCGGGCGCGGCCCGGGGCUGCUGGACGUCGUCCUGAAGCUCCUGGAAGAGCACCUGCGGCCGCUGCUGCCCCUGCUGAGCUUCCCGGAAGUCAGGUUCCAAAUGCCCACGGCUGUGCCGGAGACAGGAAGGCUCAAGGGCAAGGACAAGGACAGGAAGACGUCCAACCUGCAGAUCCAGCCAGAAGCCGCGGAGCACCUGGUCCUGCUGGUGGACCGGCCGCUGCUGGAGCUGCCGCUGGAGGGCCUGGGUGUGCUCCGCGAGGCCGCGCUGGCGUCCGUGUCGCGUGAUCUCUCGCUGCAGAUGCUGUGCAACCGGCUGCGGAGAGACGAGGCAGCUGAAGCCAACCUGAAACGCGAGGGCAAGGGCAAAGACUUGAGGAAGAAGACGCCGUCCCGCAGGGCUGCAAAGGGCAGCGCGUACCGGGUCAUCCCCCCAGAAUGCAUUGCAGUCGACUCGGACACCUUCAAGUAUGUGGUGGACCCCUACGAGGAGGCGCAGGGCACAGAAUCCCUGACUCCUGUCUCCGUGACCCAGGAAAUUCUGGAAAGAUUCCAAGACACGCUCACGUCCCGAUGGGCGGGACACCUGGGGAGGAAGCAGUUCCCGAGCCAGGCCGAGUGGGAGCAGGUGCUGGGCAGCUGCGGAGGCUUCUUCUUCUACGGGAUGGAGCAGUUCCUGUCGCACCUGUCAGUGGAGAGGCUGGCCGCCAUGAAUCUGCAGGGCUGCCAGGUGAUGGUUCUGCUGGAUCUGACCCAGUCCCCAGAGAGCCUGCGGCGGCACACGGAGGCCUCGGAGAGCAAGAGGGGAUCUGCCGGUCCAGACGGGCCCCCAGCAGUGGGUGCCACGUGGGCUGUGGCCAGGGAGAGCUCGGGCCAGGCCCCGGCGCAGCCCACGGGAGCCGGGUCCCCGCAGUGCGGCGCAGCUGUCGCUGGAGGAGCCUGUGGAGACAGCCAUCCUCCUGAGCCUGGUGGGCGUCCGGAGCAUCCUGGCAAACCAGUGGCCCACGUCGCUGCAGGACAACGCCUGGCGGGCCAGCGCCCUGUGGGAAAGUCUGCUGUCAGGCGGCCAGCUGGUGGGCAGUGCCGUCCACCGCCUGCGGGCGCAGGCCACCAGCCCCAGGCUGAGCCCAGACGAGGCCCCGCGCACGUCCAGGGACAAGCUCAUGUUCUGGCCGAAGCAGCACAGCUCCCGGCUGCUCCCCUCCACCCUCAACCUGGUCCUGUACGGGCUGCCGCACCAGGUCAUCUGGUGAGCGGGCCUGGCCGCACCUCCAGCAGCCCCCUCCGGGGAGCCCCCCAGCCCUGGACACAGCCUCAUCAGGACGCUCGCCCAGAGGCCUCUGUGCCUCAGCGGCCCCUCCCCUGCCUGUGUGCUCCUGGCGUCUCAGUAAACAGCACGAGCAAGCCUGUGUGUGGCUCCUGCGGCCGGCCCGGGGCACAGCCCACUGUCCAGCGCCUCAGCCCCGAGGACGGGGCCUCGAGGGGGAGACCUGCCAGCACACGCACAGGCCCCUCCGUGGAACUUUCCAGAACCAGGAAGACGGGAGACAGACCGGUGUGCGGGGCAGUCAGGGCCGAGGGCUUCUCCUUGUCAGGCUCUGAGAGGCGCUUCCCUGGGAGGAACGUGGGACUGCAGCUCCCCGGGGAGGUGCAGGGCCCUGGCGUCUGGUGGGGCUGCUCCGGCCGCAGGGCCAUGUGGACGCCCCUCUGCUGCAGUGACCGCCCCUGGGUGCGGCCAGCAGACCAGGCCCCGCCCCUCACCCACCCCCACCGACAUGAGACCUCAGGGUUCUACACCGCAUGAGUUUCGGGGUGACAGGCCCUCCUCCCCCAUCCCAGGGUGCGUCCUCCAAACGUUCUGACGGCAGAGGUGGGCGUGGUCAGCAGCGGCCUGGCCAUGGACCCCACGAGCAGCCUCAGCCCCUCCGUGUGCAGCGCGACCCUGGUGUUCGCCGUCAGAAGGCGGGGGGCAGUGCUGCCUGCAGGAAGUGUCCUCGGAGCCCCUGCUGGGCCCCUGCUGGGCCCCGCCGCCAGGCACUGGUCCAGUGCAGAGUGAGGAGUGCCACGGCGCCCUGGGUCAGGACGUGAGCCAGACCCGUGUGGCUGGGGGCGGCGCAGGGGUCAAGAGAGCGGCAGUUUCUCAGGAAACCAACACGCAGCUCCUGCACAGCCCGGCCAUCACACGUGAACACGAGCACACGCGUUCACGGCAAGAUGCAGAGAACAGGGCGUGGCUCCGCGGGACAGCCACAGACACAAAGGAUGACCGUAACUUGAGCAACAGAGGGACAGAGAGAGGGCGAAACAGAGCCACUGCUUCCCUCCCCAAAUGGCCGAAAGAGGCAGGGUUGGGCCAAGCCAAAGCCAGGAGCUCCAUCUGGGUCUCCCACGUGGGCCCAAGCUCUUGGCCACCCUCUGCCGCCUUGCCAGGCACACCAGCGGGGAGCUGGAUAGGUAGUGGAGCAGCCGAGACCCACGGAUGCCGGCACUGCCCGUGGUGGCUUUACCGGCUGCACAAUGCUGGCCCCAGGUGAAUUACUGCCUCCAACCAGGGUGGGCCUCAAGGGUCCUUGCUGAGCAGCAAGGCCAGCGUCCACAGGUCACAGAGCACAGUUCUGUCCCUGCGAGUUCU